UUAUUAUUUUCUUACAAUAUUUAAAAGCAGAAAAGUCAUGGGCUGGGCCCAAUUUGUUUCCACCCAGCCGCCAACUGCCACAUGGGUGUUGGGCAAAGCGGUAAGGUGGGUCCCCCAGUCCUCCAAUUUAGUCGAAUUCAUAAUUCGACCCCCAAAACUUUUUUCAACUCUCCUUUCCGCUUGACCAACUCCUCUCUCUCACGCAGAAACCCCCCCGAAACAUUCACAAAAUUCUGAUCGAUUCAUCAUUGUUACACUCCCAAUAAUGAAAUGAUGGACCCCAAGUUCGGCGGGAAGCCCGUAUACGGGAGCCCCUAUGCACCGGGUCGAACGGACUUGGACCAGAUGCCCGAUACACCGACUCGCGGGGCCCACCACCGCCGGGCGCACUCUGACACCUUCUUCCGUUUCCCUGACCUCGACGACAUUCUCCUCGAUGAUGUUGUAGCUGACUUCAACCUCGACCUCCCCCAAACCCCUCCUUCCCUCUUCCCCACUGGGCCGCCGCCCCAGUUCAGCAAGACCAACGAGACCAAGCCCAUGGCUCAUUUAAGGAGCUUGUCGGUGGAUGCAGACUUCUUUGAAGGGCUUGGAUUGGACGGCCCGUCGCCGGUGGGGGGGGCGGCGGAAGUGGGUUCUGGGUCUAGACACAGACAUAGCAAUUCGAUGGAUGGGUGUUCCAGUGCAACGUCGUCUGAGGUGGACUCUAAUGCGAAGAAGACUAUGGCUGCUGAUAAACUAGCGGAGCUUGCUUUGAUUGACCCCAAGAGAGCCAAGAGGAUACUUGCAAAUAGACAAUCUGCUGCACGAUCCAAAGAGAGAAAAACGCGAUACACAAGUGAGCUGGAGAGGAAAGUACAAACUCUUCAGACUGAAGCAACCACCCUCUCGGCUCAGAUCACAUUGUUGCAAAGAGACACUACCGGCUUAACAGUUGAGAAUAAGGAACUUAAACUGAAGUUACAAGCGAUGGAACAGCAAGCACACCUUAGAGAUGCUCUGAAUGAAGCAUUGAGGGAUGAACUGCAGUGGCUCAAGAUUGCAGCCAGCCAAGGUCCUGGUGUCAACGGAAACAACAGAGGAUCAACUUCUCAACUUUCCUCCCAGCCUCCAAUCCCUUACUUUGGUAACCACCACCCGCAACAGCAGCAGCAACAGAGACCACUUCACACGCCUCAUACCAGCUCCAAUAAUCCUAGACUCGGUGGGCAGUCCCAAGCCAGCUUCCAGGAUUUUAAUCAGAGGGUUUGAUGACAUCUCAAAAGACACAGCUGGUGUCAAUUGGAACUUGGAAACAAACGUCAUUUCUCCCGCUAGGCUUUUGUGUAUAAAAGAUGUAUACAUGAUUACAGCUAGAGGUUGUGACAGGUGUUGCUUGCUCAGCCCUUUAUAUCAUACACACUAGAUCUGUUUGCCAAUAGGGCAUAUAAAUGAUACGAUAUAAAUGUAGUAGUUUAGAUGGCGACAAGUACCUAAACUGAAUGACCAUCUUGUUAUUCUUUUGUGACGAGUUAAAAGAUUUCUUCUUAUUUUCCUUUUGUCCA